CGAAGAACUUGAUAGCAGCGAACCAAUAGCGGCAAAAUUUGGUGGCGAACACAAUGGCAGCAAAAUUUGGUGGAGAACACAAUGGCGGCAAAAUUUGGCGCAAAAAUUGGUGGCAAAAAACUUGAUGAAAGCGAACUUUGAAGAACUUCAAUUAAUUUUAAUA